CGGGCCCCGCCCAGGGGCGUUCCCGGCGGCGCUGCCCGGCCCGCCCGCCCCGCCCCGGCUCCAUCUUGCUGGUCGCGCUGUGACGCUGCUCCGGUGUCAGAAUGUCCUAUCCAGGCUAUCCCCCCACGGGCUACCCGCCUUUCCCUGGAUAUCCGCCUGUGGGCCAGGAGUCCUCGUUCCCGCCUCCCGGGCAGUACCCUUAUCCCAGCGGCUUUCCGCCCAUGGGCGGGGGCGCCUACCCGGCCGCGCCCGGCGGGGGCUACCCCGGAGCCGGCGGCUACCCGGCGCCCGGCGGCUACGCUGGCGCCCCGCAGCCCGGAGCGCCCCCGUCCUAUCCAGUAGUUCCCCCAGGCCAAGGAUUUGGAGCGCCCCCCGGGGGAGCAGGCUACCCUGGCUACGGCCAGCCUUUUGGAGGCGUCCCGGCACAGGCCCCGCUGCCCGGUGGCUUUCCCGGAGGACAGAUGCCUUCUCAGUAUCCCGGAGGACAAACGCCUUACUCUUCCCAGAUCAAUACAGAGUCCUUUUCUUCCUAUCCCAUUUUCUCUCCUGCUUCUUUGGAUAAUAGCAGUGAACCCGCCGCCAUGACUCAGGGAACUCAAGGAACCAUUCGGCCAGCUGCCAACUUCGAUGCCAUGAGAGAUGCGGAAAUUCUUCGUAAAGCAAUGAAGGGUUUUGGGACAGACGAGCAGGCGAUUGUGGAUGUCGUGUCCGCCCGCUCCAAUGAUCAAAGGCAAAAGAUCAAAGCGGCUUUUAAGACCAUGUACGGAAAGGAUUUAAUCAAAGAUCUCAAAUCAGAGUUAAGUGGAAAUAUGGAAGAACUGAUCCUUGCCCUGUUCAUGCCAACUACAUAUUAUGAUGCCUGGAGUUUACGGAAUGCAAUGAAGGGAGCAGGAACUCAGGAACGUGUACUGAUUGAAAUUUUAUGCACAAGAAGUAAUCGGGAAAUCCAAGAUAUUGUCAGAUGUUAUCAGUCGGAAUUUGGGCGAGACCUUGAGAAGGACAUUAGGUCUGAUACGUCGGGGCAUUUUGAGCGUUUGCUUGUGUCCAUGUGCCAGGGGAACCGUGACGAGAACCAGAACGUUAACCACCAGAUGGCUCAGGAGGACGCUCAGCGUCUCUAUCAGGCUGGCGAGGGCAAGCUGGGCACAGAUGAGUCUUGCUUCAACAUGAUUCUCGCCACAAGAAGCUUUCCUCAGCUGAGAGCUACCAUGGAGGCUUAUUCCAGGGUGGCUAAUCGAGACUUGUUAAGCAGUGUUGGUCGUGAGUUCUCCGGAAAUGUUGAAAGCGGUCUGAAGGCCAUCUUGCAGUGCGCCCUCAACCGCCAGGCCUUCUUCGCUGAGAGGCUCUACUGCGCCAUGAAGGGCGCGGGCACGGACGACUCCACGCUGGUCCGGAUCGUGGUCACGCGCAGUGAGAUUGAUCUCGUACAAAUAAAGCAGAUGUUCAGUCAGAUGUAUCAGAAGACCCUGGGCACCAUGAUCGCAAGCGACACGAGCGGAGAUUACCGGAAGCUGCUGCUAGCCAUCGUGGGCCAGUAGGAGGGUUUUUUUGUUGUUGUUUUUUUAAAUGAAUGAAGGUGUGCAGAGCUUAUUUUUCAAAGCAGUGCUGACCUGCAUGCAGCAAUAUCUACCACCAUGUAACCAAAAGAACUUUUUAUUAAAGACUGUGUCAGGGUUGUGCUUAGUUUGCACAUGCGGUAAUUGCCUUAAUUCCAAUGUUAUUUUUCUCUCUAUACAACCAAUGUAAAGCCAUAAUCAUAAUGUAGCAUUAAUGGCCUGUUUGUAAAGUAUACUUUUCUCACUGUACUUACUCUAAUCAGGAUACCAAAUUGAAUAAAAGUCACAACAAUCUCUAA